GUUGUACACGUACACUCACACUCACACACGUACACGUACACACAAUUUUGUCGUGAUUUCAUUAUUUGUUUAAAAUAAUAGUGACAAAUACAGUUUAAAUGCAUUGUUAAGUGCGUGCGCCGUUAUGUCGAGUGUAUUUGCUACGUUUGCGCUGCAUUUUGCGCUCUAAGCGAUCCAAUUCGACGGCAACAAGCAAACAAAAAGACAACAUUGUUCUGUUCGCAUCGCGAGAGGGGAGAGAGAAGUUUUUUUUUAUGCAAAGCGAAGGAGUUUAUUUAUUGAAUACGAAACGGAAAACAUAAUUGCAAAAUGGAGCGGCGAGUCAAAUUAAAAACAAUUAAUCCACACAUCACAUGCAAAAUAUGCGGUGGUUAUUUCAUCGAUGCGACAACAGUGACCGAGUGUCUGCACACAUUUUGCAAAAGCUGUCUGGUCAAGCAUCUGGAGGAGAAGAAAACAUGCCCCACCUGCGACAACAUCAUACAUCAGUCACACCCGCUGCAAUACAUCAGUUUCGAUCGCACCAUGCAGGACAUUGUGUACAAAUUGGUGCCGAAGCUGCAAGAAGAUGAAUCGCGUAGGGAGCGCGACUUUUACAAGAGUCGCAACAUGCCGUGCCCGAAGGAUAUUACGCAAAACCACGAGGAUGACAACGAGAAGGUGAUGGAGGCGCAUGCCGAAUCCGAUUUCCAUCGCUUGGACGAACAGGUCAAUGUGUGCCUCGAGUGCAUAAGCAAUAACUUUAAGAACCUGCAGCGACGUUUCAUACGCUGCAGCUCGCAGGCGACGAUCACGCAUCUCAAGAAGCUCGUCGCCAAAAAGAUACUCAACGGCAUUGAAAAGUAUCGUGAAAUCGAUAUUCUGUGUAAUGAGGAGUUGUUGGGCAAGGAUCACACACUGAAAUUCGUCUAUGUGACGCGUUGGCGUUUUCGAGAUCCUCCAUUACGUUUGCAGUUUCGUCCGCGUGUCGAGCUUUAACACAAUAGUAGUUUCCGAUAUAGAUAUAUAAAUCUAUAUAUAUAUAUAUAUAUAUGUAUGUCAGUCAGCGCGUCAAAUGAUCUAUAUAUAUAUUUUUUUACACAUAUGUAUAAUUUAUUGACAGAUAUAUAUAUAUAAAUAUUUAUAUAUGUGCGUGAGAAUCUUAGCAGUUCCCCUCCCAGAUAGUUUUGUAAGUCAUCUCUAUAUGUAUGUAUGUAUGUGUAAAUGUGCAUGUAUAAAGUCGUAAUUAUAUAUAUAUAUAUAUACAUAUAUAUAUAUAUAUAUAUAGUCGUUAAGUUUAACGUGAUUAGCAUACUCUUCG